UUUUACCCAGUCAGAAUCGCAAACUCUACCAUAACAAAAGGACGCGCAGAAGGAUUCUCUCCCUUUUUAUGUGACCUAGUUCUUAAUUUUCGGCGUGGAAGGGGACUUAAUGCAUUCCGGAAGCUGAGUGGUGCUCUCAGAGCUAUGCCAGGGCUUCGGUCACUGGUGGCACGCAGGCGGUCCUCCCUGACGUCCCCACCCUACACAGUGCAGAGGAAUACACCCUCACCCAGCCUCUCUGACACUUCUGACCAUGCAACCACUCCACACAACUCAGAGGGUGGUGAGAGCCCCAUGACAGAGAGGGAAGGUGGACUGGCUGAGGUGCAGGAGACAGAGGGUCAGGAUGUCAGUGAUGUGCAGGGAGCAGAUGGGAGCAGGGCGCAGAACAGCCAGUUUUUCAAUGGUGAAGAUGCUGAGAAGAAGGACGGGUGUUCAGGUGUUAGUGUGGGGAACUCACAGCAAGAAAAAAGUCUCUUAGAUACUGGUGAAGUAGAAGAUCCAGGAGGAGAACUUCACACAAGUACUACUAGUGGAAUACAUGUUAAUGAAGAAAAGGAAUGUUUACUAGCCAGUGAUGUGGGUGUUGUUAGUGAUGGUAGCUCUACAACUGUUCUCCAGAAUGACCUGAGGGUUGGUGAAGUGCCGUAUGAAGACAGUGAACAGACAACCGGGCAGGCGUCUGCAAAUGUUAAAAGUGAAGAACAAAGUCAUAUAGACACUGAGGUCAGCCCUCCUGAGAGUGACACAGCCUCUCAGGGAGCAGAACCCUUGGUGAGUGAGGAAACCAAUAUAUAUAAGGAAGAGGAACACUUAGAAACAGAAGAAACUCCUGAAGUAAAGGAAUCAGUAGACAGUGCUGGUGAAAGAUUAUUGCCUGGUGAGGAGACUCAGGAAGAUGCUAAAGAAAGUUGUAAUGUAGAUGUUGAGAAAAUACAAGUAACUGUUACCAGUGAUCCUGAUGUAAGAGACAAAGCAUCAUGUGAAACAGAAAGCUUAGGUGCAGAUGGUGAUGGUGAUGGGGAUGAGGAUGAACAAACUAAUGAUGUGUCAAUGACAAGCAUGGAGAAUGAGAAUCAGGAAAAUGAUGAAUCUCAUUUUCAGAAAGUUGACUUAUUUAGAGAGACAGCCAUUCCUGAAGAAAAAGGUGAUCCCUGUGUAGUCAAACAAGGUGCUAAUGAAGAGGCAAAGCCAACAGACAUGGCUGAGGGGAGUGACCAGAGAGGUAGUGAGUCUUUCUCUCAGUCUGAUAUGAAGCCCAGUGAAAAUGUAGAGACCUCUAUGGUUGUCAGUGAAGAGACACAAGUGCCAGGGACAGGGAAGGCACUUGACCCAGAGUAUACUGUAGAGGACACAGGGAACACUGAAGAGUUCUCAGGCUAUGUUGUGAAAGAAAAUGAUGAGUAUACAACAGGUGAAAGGGAAGGUGAAGGUAAGGAAAAUACAGUCUCCUGUGAUGAUAGUAGUUUAGGAAAGGAAACUGAACCUGUAGGGAGAGAGAGUGGUGAGGAUGAUGGCAGAGACAUGUUGGGAAAGCCAGAUGGCAGUUACCUAGCCAGCAAUGAGGGCAGUGAGGAGAGGGACGGCAACUAUGGCGGCGGUGAGAUGUUGGAGGUGAAUUUGAGUGAUUACAGAGAUGUUGGUAAUGUUGAGGACAGAGAUGAUAGUGUCAAGGAAUUACAAAUGGCUAGUAGUGCAUGUAGUGAAGGUGUUGUUAAUUAUUCAGAAACUGUAAAUAUGGAUGUAAUGAAAGAAACAAAAAGGCCUAAUGAAAAUGUAGGUGAAAGUGAAAAUAGUGAAGAAAACAAGCCAGCAGUGGAUAGUGCUGAGGUAAUUUGUAAAAGUGAGUCUCCUCCUUCAAAUAAGAAAGCAGAUGGAGACUGUGAUACCAAUGAAGGUAGUGCUGACAACAAGAAUAUUUUAAAUAAACUCAUUCAAAAGAACUCUAAAGGUGGGAAGAAGUGCUCUGACCUUUCUGCAAUGGAAAUAGAGUCAACCUUGGCCAGCAGAGGAGUGACCAUUGUGAGGCGUGUGGUGGAUAACAAGGAAUCAGCUAACAGAGGAAGUGAAUCAAACACUGUUAAGAAGGAGACUGGAACAAGUAUUAAGCCUGUAGGCAAGGGAGUCUUUGCUAAAGCACUCCAAUCCCCCUUCACUGGUACAAGCGUAUCUGGCAGUGGCAUCAGUGUUUCCCUCCAGCCUUCUCUGUCAGGACAGGCAAACUCCCCAACUCCAAAAGAUUUGUAUAAAUCCAUUAAUGCCAGAGGAACGCACAUUCAGAGCACCUCAAAAAUAAACCCUGCCCUUUUAAAUCGAAAGGGAUCUUUUCAAUUAACCAGGGGAGUGUCCAUACACUAUAAUCCCAAGUCUGCUGCCACUAAUAUGAAUGUGAGAGGAAAUACUGUGUACCCAAACCCAAGAGGGGUUGGAGCUGUGGGCAGUAGAGGGCCCAGGAUGUAUGCCAAUCCAAGAGUUCCUGGACCACAAACCCUUAGAGGAUUACCUGCUAAUAUUAGACCAAGAGGAGCCACGCUGCCACAGACACGAAGAGGAACUCCACAAGCCAAUCUCAGAGGACCUGUUGCUCCAGUUAAUACAAGAGGAAUGGGCAGGGGCCAGAGGUAUGCAGGGCCAAGAGGGGGUGUGCCUAGAGGUGCAGUGCCUCAGCCAAGAGCAGCCUCUGUCACCACCACCAACUUAAGAGGAGUUGGCCCUCAGAGAUUUAGAGGUGGAAUGACCCAGCACCAGCCAAGGCUUCCAGGGCUGCCUCCUCAAGGGAAGCCUACUGAAGGAGUUCUGACAUCCAAGGCUGGAGAAACCUUGCAGUCAAGGUCCACCACUGCACCUCCACAGGCAAAGUAUUUGAAAACAUCACUUGAUUCAAGACCUGGAGAUGCUGCAUUACACUCCAACCUUAAUUCAGAUAAAAUGAAUAUGCCAUUACAUUCUAAAGGUUUAGGGUUAUCGACACAGCCCAGGCCUCCAGACACAUUGCACUCACCCCAGCCAGGAUCAGCUGAAGUGUCCCCACAGUCUAGGACAUCACAGUUUUCCCCACAAACUCUAAUUGGUGGGAUUCAGCCUCAGUCAGAAUAUGGUGGCCCUUCAGCACAACCCAGGGCAAUGGAACAGUCACCUCAGUCAGUUCAUGCAAUGUCUUCUGCUUCAGCAACUACAUCACAACCAGGAUCUGUGAGCUUUACCUCUCAGCCUGUCUCAGCCAGUCAUCCCACUCUGCCGUCCUCAUCUCAUCAUCUCUCUCAGAUGAACAUGAUGGCUCCUCAGACCAGUGCCAUGGGACUUGCACCACACUCUGGGGCCAGCAGGCUUCCUCCACAUUCAUCUGGAGGAUAUUUGGCACAACCCACUUCACUGGGUUCCUCCUCACAGGUCAUGCCCUCUCAUAUGGCCACUUCUGAUAGGUUCUCAUCAAAUAUUACUUCUGCAGGAUUUCCUUCCAUACCCAAUUCAGAUUAUCUUGGAAGGCCAAGUUCAGAAAUGUUUCCAUCUUACAAUAACCCAGGGGAAUACACUCCACACUCCUCUGCCAGUGGAUUUCCUCACAUGAACUCUGGAAACUUUGGCCUGCAGUCCACUUCAGCAGGAUUUCAUGCACAGACCAACCUUGUAGGAUUCCCAGCACAGGGUGAUCCGUGUGGUUACCCACAGCAUGCCAGCUCCAGUGAAUUCCCUCAUAAUCCAGCAGGAGUUGCAAGACAAACUGGUUCAGAUAAUUUUUCUUCACACCCUAACUGUAGUAAUUUUCCUGUUCCAGGCAACCCUGGAACAUAUCCUCCAAUUCCAUGCAGUGAGCCAUACAGCACACCAACCAACCCUGGUACUUUUCGUGAAAAUACGGAUUUGUUCAACUAUACAGGACAGAGGGACUUUAUGAUGCACACAGGCUCAAGAGAAUUCUCACACUAUAGCAGCUCUAACCAGAUGACAAGUCAGCUCCAGCCAUUACCUGCUACUGGUCACAGGGACUUACCAAUGAGUCAGAGUCCAAGGGACCUACCAUUACAAAACUGCAAUCAGAAUAUUUCCAUGUCAUCAAAUGGUGGAAAUACAACAAUGAAUAAUAUUAUUGGAGAUCAAUUUGCAAGCUAUGGAGAAUCUCUUGGUCACUCCACCUAUCAAGAAAUUCCUGUGAAUGCAAGAGCAAAUCCUAAUACUGUACCACUGGCUCCUAGUUUUAGAGAUACUGAAGUACAGCAGAAUUAUCGUGAUACAGCAACCCCUCACUACAACAAUUAUAGGGAGCCAAACACACAAGAAGGGUUAAGAACCCCACAGUUACACUCUGCCUAUAGAGACUUGCCACUGGAUCCAAAUAUGGACCUUCAGACACAGAGUGCACAUUCUGGGUUCAAAGACCAACAACAGUCUGCAAGGUACCAAGAAGAUGGUAUAAUCAGUAGGUACCUGGAACAGUCUGUCCUCAACUACCCAGAGACAGGUAGCCUAAAUAGUUGUAGGGAGCAACCUGUUCCUAAUUUUGGUUCCCCAGCCAGCCAUACCAGCCCAAGUGAACAAAUAAAUCAGAUGAAUUUUCCUGAAACAAUGAAUGAUACUAGUUCAAGGCAGCACCUUAUGCCAGGCCUUGGUGAGCCCAUGAACUAUGGCGGCUACAGAGGACCCAUGGAAUUCAACAGUCCCAACCCAAACCUCCAGGAAUCUCUGAACUAUGUACCAGACUGUCGAGAUGCAUCAAAUAUUGACCAAGUGGCAAAGUCAGUGGCAGACAGCAUGUACAAAGAUCAUAUUCCAGUUUCAAGCUAUAAUGUAAACUCCCAUCAUCUUUCCUUAGAGGGAGUACAGAGUGAUAUGAAGUUUAAAGAAAAAGAUAUGAAUUACUCUGAAACUGCAAUACUUCCAAGUUUUACAGAGUCUUUCGACCCUUCCAGUGAAAUAAGUGGAAAAAAGGAUGGUAGCUCUAACCUUCCUCACUUUAGAGGUUCUUCUGAUGUGUCUUACCAGAGAAACCUUCCUGAGUAUACGAAUCCAGCAACUCCUUUUGAGAAUCAUGGAGGAGAUGCAUCUACUUCAGCCACAAAAGAUUUUUCUUAUUCUUGCCUAAGUGACUCAAAAAACUCUGGACCUAGAGAAUCUCCAGUGUACCCUGGUCAGAGGGGCUAUGUUACCCCUUCUGGUGACUCAUAUUCUUCUGUUCAAUCAUGUUCACCAGAUCAGCAGUACAUCAGUGGAUCAGGAAACAACUUUCAAGCAAAGUCGGAUUUUCACAUACCUGGGGAUUCUCUGGUUCCUCCAGAUAAAGGGAUUCUGGAAUGUCCCAUUUCACAGGGCUCCUCUACUAUUACAAGUACAAAUAGCAUCCAGAGUGACCCAAGUGGAAGAAGUGUUCCAGAUGCUUCCGUUUCAAAUCCAGAGACUAAUAUUUCUUCAUCCAAGGUUUCUACCUCAGCUGAUCAUGUUCAGGAAAAUAAUGGACAAAAUUUUCCUACGGUAACAUCAGAUAAGGAUGCAAAGGAAUCUGAAAAGUCAAAUUUUUUGGGAUCAGUUGAAGGUAGAAAACUUUCUAGAGAUCCUGGGAGUGACAGUCCCACCAAGUCGCCAGGAUCUCACUCUGUUGGCUCGCUAGAAAAAUUUCCAGUGGGAAUGUCUCCUAACAAAUCAGAUUCAGGAUCACCAAACACUCAAGACAGAAUAGUAAUUAAAAUGAAAUUGCUUCACAGUAGCUCAUCUGCUGAGGAAGAUGUCCAUAGUGCUGAGAAUAUAAACACUACUGAGUUGGGACUAACUGACAAAAGCUCUAUUAAAUAUAACCUUGCUAAAUACACCUGCUGGACAAUAGAUAGUAUAAUUAAUGGGCGAGAAGACCUUGGGAAUGAAGAGAUGUUAGACCAAGAAAAUGACUGUGAAAUUGAACAGUUAGAUGGAAGAGAAGAAAAAAUAACAUCUAUGACAAAUUGCUCUAAAAAAACACGUAAAAGAUUAAAUUCUGAGAUUUGUGAAGAUUCAAAAGACACAAAUCUAGACACAAAUAAGAAUUUUAUGAAGAAAUCUCUUAAAAUAACCAUUUCAAAUCCAAUGCGCAAUAAGGUGCCAUCAAAAGAUGAUGAUGAUGAGGGAAAGGUGGAAGUAAAGAAGGAGGAUCUGUUUAUGGAUGGUGAAAAAAUUGUGGAGGAUUGUGUCAAAGUGCAAUCAUUAAGUAAUGUAAAGGAAGAGAGAGGCAGUGGAGAACAGAAACCAGAGAGUCAGCUUCAGUAUUCAUCCAGGAAAGGGAAAGUUGGCUCGGGAAAAUCUCCCUCCCCAACCCCAAGUGGUGAGAAUUGCAAUAGUUCAGUAAGUGGAGUGCAGCCAGACUGUGAGGGCAGGAAGUGUAGCAAAGGCAGUGAGGCAUCAGCAGGUGGUGAUCUACAUGGUGCAGUAAAUGAUCACCUGGUUACCUCUGAUGUCAAAAAAUGUAGCAUUGUUAUCAAACGCAUAUAUAAAAAUGACAACUAUAGUUGCUAUAGUAGCAGUUUGUGUGACAAGAAGACUGUGUUAAACAUUGAUGAUGGGACACAGAGGAGGUCAAAGCGUAGGGCAGCUGUAGAGGCCAGCGAACGUUGUCACAAGACUCUUAGGUCACUAGACACAUGUGAUGCAAAGUCUGGAAAGGUGUCACUCGCUGGUGUUCUAAAUAAAAAUAAAGAUAUUUUAUCUGUGAAUUUGACAACGAACAAAACUAUCAUAAAUCAGAUACCACAGUGCUCAGUUCUGUUGUAUGAUGUGUUCAUGAACCACCGCAUCAACCAGAUGGUGUGUCCAGGCUGUUCCCGUCAUUAUGAUAGCUCAGAUAGUGUUCAGGUGAACAUGAACAAGGCCACCAUCUCCCUUCUGUGCUCCUCCUGCCAGUGGCUGGUGGUGAAAGAUGUCCACCCACAGGAAGUUGACUCUCUGGUGCCCAGCUGAGAAUGGCUGUAGAAUUUCUUCUGUUGAGUUUCAAAAUUUUGUAUUGUAAGUAUUUUGUCUGCUGUGUACAUGUUAUAUGUAUUUUGUCUUUCUUUAUUUUGUCAUCUAAAGUGGAAUAUAUUCAUUCCAUUUUUAUUUUGUUUGUUAUCAUUUCAGCAUUCAUUUGAAGCCUAUGCUGUGCUCCCUGUGCAAGGCCUAGUCAUGUUUGUGUGCAUAAUUAUCCUAUGAACCAUACUUUGAUGCUGGACUCGGUCUGACCUAAGUAUGUACGUAUGUAAAGAUGAUAUAGAUUUGAAUUAUUGUGAUGUUUGAGAGAGAGAGAGAGAGAGAGAGAGAGAGAGAGAGAGAGAGAGAGAGAGAGAGAGAGAGAGAGAGUUUAAGGUGCUUAUUUAUCUCUGUAGAUAUAUUCUUUGUAAAAUAGUUGGGCUCACUGCUGUUGAACAGUGAGGGGUCACUGGUGUCACUCUGCCACUUGAGGAAACUUGCCUAACAUUUGUAAAUUUUCUAUCUCAGGAUGUAGAUUUGUUUUCAAGUUACUUUAUAAGUAAAGGUUACGACUUCAUCCACUUUUUACUUGAAUGUUAUUACUGUGCCUGAAUGAGCAAAAAUUGUUUUAGACACUUGAAGACUGUUAUAUUUGAUCUGGCUUUGUUUGAAAUUAUUUCUCUUUAUUUUGCCAUGACAUCCUUGUCAUUCUGAAAUUUCAUGAUAUUAGUGAUUAUUAAGAAAGGCAAUAAGGUGCUGUGCCAUGUUUAGUUAGUAGCACUGACUGGAGGUAAAGUUACACCAAUGUUAAGAUUGGACUUCAAAAUGUCCAGUAAGAUAUGUGGGUAACUUCAAACAGUGAAAAAACAUAUGAAGAGAAAUUAUGAGUCUCAUUCAAUGUACAAGACAUGCAUUUUUGUGAGUGAGUGUCUCUUUGUAAUUGACAGUUCUAAUAUUGAUAUAUUUUCACAAAUUUUUAUGACUCAAAAUUUUCAUUUCAUUAAUGAAAUGGAAUGAAUAGAGCAGCUUAGAACUGCAUGACGCAGUUUGAUAUGACUGAGGUGUGUAGAAAAGCAGACCAAGACUAAAAGCAUGUUGAGUGUGAGUGCUUCAUGGGAGUUUUGAAAUUGAUUAUAGCUUUACUUGGUUUUGUUAAUUUUUAUUUUACUCUUUUUUUUUUUACUUUAUUUAUUCAUCUGUUUAUAUCCUAUUAUAAAAUAAAUUAAAGUACUGAAUUAAUUAAAUAUGGUAUAUUUUUUAAAGAGUAAAAUUGGAAGUUUGGUAAUUUCAUUGUUGAAAUACUAUAAAAUGUUACCAUGUUAAUUUUGCAUUUAUACUUAUUUGUCCAAAUUUAAUCUUCUUGGUAAUUUUGCUAUCUCAUGUCUUUCUGGUUGUAAAUAUUGAAUGCACCUUAGUGACAGAAUACAAAGAUUCAGAAUUGAAAGAAGACAACUUUCUGUGCGUCCUGCAGGCCUUUUUCAAAAUCUCCUUGGAGCAGCAGACGUUAGCACUCCAUUCCAUUGGCUCCUUUUCAACACUGAAUGCUGUAGGUAUCUGUAUAGGUAUCAGAAAUGCACCAUACUGUGCUUUCAUAGUAAGGUGAUGCUUUAUCCUUUGAAUAGUAUCACACAUGGUAGCCCAAUACAAGCAUAUACCAUCACCUUUACAAAUUUUCAGCUCAAUAUCCUUUUAACAAGAGAAAACAUUUGAAUCUCAGUAACCACCGCCACAAGAAGGUAAAGAAACCUGUUGUCCAUCUUGCAUACAAGUUAUGGUGUAGUUUUUAGCUGCAGUUUUGUAAAUGUUGUAAUUGCCUUAAAGCAAAAAAACUUUUUAUGAAAGGCAGUAACUUGUGAGGGCUUCAUUCAACAUCAUCCAAAACAUGUACAAUUAAGCAUUGUGUAAGACUUCAUGUGAAGCCUAAGAACUUAUGUUACUGUUGGGACCACACUCCUGAAACAUGACAUGGGUAGGAUUCUAUUUGUCAACACUCCAUGAAAUUAUGAUGGCAGCAGAAGUCAGUAUUCAUGGGUACAAAAUGAGAUUAGCUAUAGGCAGUUGUUUAAAACUGCUGCUCACUCCUGUGUCACCAGGAGACAUGUAACUUGCCUAAAUGUAAUUUGAUUCAUGCAAGUAACAAUUUUGUAACUUGGUUGUUAUAAUGAAUAAGAAACAAACUGAGAAAAUAUGCAUGAAAUUGCAGUCAGUGUAUUGUAAAUGAGAUUUGCAGUUUUGAUGUUAUGUAUGUAUUCAGGUUUACAGUUGAUAUGAAUACAUAUGUAAGAGAAUACUUGUAUUAGCACCUGUCUGCAUAUUAAUUUUACAGGACUGUUUUGCAUAAUGCAUAUGCUGCAAGAGUAAUCUUACAAACAGGAAGGAUUGUUCAGUCCAUUUUUGUUAAGUUUACUUUUUAUCAGCUUUCAGUGUUCUCUCACAAGAAUACAUAUUGAUGCAUUCUGUGACUGAGCUCUGUUCAAAAUUCAGCAAAAGCCUUAAGGACUGUCUUAGUCUUUUGUCAAUGCCUGCCUCUACUACAAAUUAAUAUGUUCUCAAUAUAUAUAUAUAUAUAUAUAUAUAUAUAUAUAUAUAUAUAUAUAUAUAUAUAUAUAUAUAUAUAUAUAUAUAUAUAUAUAUAUAUAUAUAUAUAUAUAUAAAAUGACUAACUGUUUUGGUUGUUAAUUCUGUACAUUGUGUCUAGAAGAGGCAUUGAUGUUUACAUUCUGGGAGCCAUCUACUGUAUAUUAUAAAGUACAAAGGUAUAAUUGUUGAAUUUUCCUCAAGCUGGUGUCUUGUUAUUCACCAGCUUGACUCUCCUGACCAUCAUCAUUUCCUCUUUGACAAUAUUAUUAGCAUUACAUAUCUUGGUUUUUACUGUCUCAAGUUCCUCAAUUGACGUGUAAAUAUUUAAGUUAUUUCUUUGUGAUAUUAACAUUGUCUACAUCUUUAUAUUGUGAUAGCUGUAAAGUUUAUUGAAGCAGUAUUUGGCUUGAAUGUCCUGUCUUAUGUUCAGAGUUGACAGGUUAUCUAUGUGUUCAGUUUAUUGAAGUGUUUGUGUGAGUGUUACAAGUAAGGUGAGAUGAUGCGACUUGGGAACCUCUUGUGACCUGUGAGAGGUGGUGGUGCCAGUAAUGCAGCUGUCUCUUGUGCCCACAACACUAUUCUGGCUUCCAUGGUUGCCCCAGUGCACUGUGGCCAGGUGGAGGGUGUGAGUGGCAGGUCUGUGUUUUAGGCUGAGGAGAGGCUUGGCUGAGGGAAGACCAAAAAGUGAUACAAGACUGCUUCUGGUAAUUGUGAUUUUUUUUCCAUAGACAAUAAGUGUCUUUUUUUAUUAUUAUUAUAAUUUCAUGCUGAAAAUCUGUAACUAUACUUUUUCUAACAAUAUUUUAUCAUUGUUUUAUUUUCAUUUGCAUCAUUCAUAUUUUCUAUCAAGUACUGUAGUUCUGCCAGUUCAUUUUGCCAGCACUUAUAAUGCAGGAAAUGUUAUUAGUAUGUUGGUAAUUAUCAAUAUUUUUACUAAUUAAUCCUGUGCUUUUUUUAUUUAUAGCAGUUCAGCUGGGCAACCUGAAUGAUUUUCUGAAAAUUCUGUCCUGUCUGCCUGACUUUGAGAAAGGUUACAUACUUUCAUUAAUCUUGCUCUGUUUAUUUUUUUUUUAUUUAUUAUUUUUCUAUGAAUUGAGUAAGUUAUGUGAAGCAGCAUAGGUUCCUGCAUUAAAGUAUUUUCAGAAUAAGUUUUAUUGGCAUUGAUCUUCCCUGUGGAGCUAAAAGAGACAGAUUAAUUGUUAAUCAUGUUAUAAUAUAUCUUUAUCUUGGUAAUGGGGUCUGCUGUGCAGAAAUGCAGCUACUGGCAAUCAUAAUACUUAUAGUUAUUAUUUUUAUUGGGAUUUAUCUAGUUCCUACAACACCAUGGAUUAAAUUUGUGAGCAGUUGCAAGCCUUAAUAUAUAUUAUGUAUUGGAAAUUCACUCUUCCUGUCUGUAUAGUUUUGGGGAGAAACUUGAAAACUGUCAGUGCUGGUCAUAUAUACAUACUGGUUCACUAUGUGAUAAUCUUCAAUGUAUAAAGUGUUAAGUGUAAGUCAAGCAAUAUGGAGGUUAAGAGUGCUGUAAAUCUACUCUAUGUUAACUUUAGGAGAGGUAAGAUGAUUAUGGUCACACUCAAGAACAGUUUGUAUAAAGUGUACUUUUUAAAAGCUGCUAGUCCAAGAGCAGAAAGGUUUAUUUCAUUAAAUAAGCUAAUCUAAA